AUGAGGAUGCGUGCUUUCUCGCAUCUCUCGUUGAGGAUCAUCUCCGCCGCCCUGUUCUUCGCGCAAUAUGCCUACUGCGCGGGUACCAUGUCCUUCCCGCUGGGGAACCCCGAUGCGGGCUUCCUCGGAUUGAAAUCACGAUCUCAAGACGCCAAUAGCAUCUUGAAUUUUCCUCAGCAAUUGAAUAAGGCAAACCUGGGAGAAAGAUUCCACAUGGCAAAGGCGGCGGUGGCCAAGGCUGUCGCCUCCAAGAUGGACUUUGAGAAGUAUCCGAAGCUGUUUGCUGCCGGAGGCUUCUGCGCAUCCCUCACGCACUUGGUGACGGUCCCACUUGAUGUCGUCAAGACGAGGCUGCAGGUGAAUCCUGGGGAGUUCUCCUCUCUCAACGAAGGCAUCCGCAAGAUCUAUGAGAAAGAAGGCACACGAGGACUGAUGCAGGGUAUGACUCCGACGUUCUGUGGAUUUUUGAUGCAAGGAGCAUUGAAAUAUGGAUUUUAUGAGUUCUUCAAGGACAGUCUAGCCCAGAGUUUGCCUCCCGAGAAGCGUGGAGAGGGCGGCAAGCUUCCCAUCCCCCAAAUGAUCAUUGCAGCGUCUGCAGCUGAGAUUCUUGGAACCACCGCAUUGCUUCCAUUCGAAUCUGCGCGAAUCAGAAUGGUGGCUGAUCCCAAGUUCGCCAACAACAUGUUUGGAGUUCUGGCAAAGCUAGUUAAGACCCAGGGGUUGGGUGGAAUCUAUGGUGGGUACUUGCCGAUUCAAUGCAAGCAAGUUCCCUUCACCAUCACUCAAUUCUUGGUGUACGAGUUUGCUGCCAAAGCAGUUUAUUCUGCGCUUGCCAAGGCUGACAUCAAGGAUGCAUCUUCUACUGUGGGAACGGCUGUGACUUUGGGAUGUGGGCUCAUUUCAGGAAUCACGGCGUCGCUGGUUUCACAGCCGGGAGACACUGUGUUGUCUGUUAUGAACAAAGCGCCUGGAACCACCGUUCUGGGAGCCAUCAAGCAGUUGGGACCCCGAGGGCUUUACCUUGGAGCUGGAGCUCGAUGUGUACACGUCACAUCCUACAUUGUUGCCCAAUUCCUCAUCUACGACUCUAUCAAGCGAUUUUUCGGAAUCCCUGUUGCCGGGGAGGCCGAGGCUAAGCAAUGCGUAGCCUCAGCAGUUAAGAAGUGA